AUGGGAUCAAAAGCCCCGUGUCCCGAUUGUAAUACCCACUCAGUCAGUCAUCGUUUCACAUGGAAAGGUCUCCUUUACGCGAUUCUCUGUUUCCCCUGUGGAAUCUAUUUCUGUUUUCGGCGACGUGAGCGCCAUUGCUCGAAAUGUCACUGUGAGAUAAUCAAAGCGAUAAAUACUCCCGACAACAGUCACGGUUAUCCAUUCAGAGAUUAUAUGGCAACGCGAAAGGGUCUUCCCGGUCGAAGAGCGACCAUUGCCGGUUAUCGAAACAAGGCUUUCACAACAGUCAGCCAACAAACGGUUGAUAGUGGAGUCUCCAGCUCACAUGAUGAUGCUUCGUUGGCUAAUUCACAUACUGAUCUACUCAAA